AUGACUAUCGAAGGUGGUCUUGAGAUUCUUCAUAUUGCCAGGUUGUUUUUGGUGUCAGACAUUCUUCAUAACUGUAGUGCCAAGGUUCCCAAUGCCUCUUUUUAUAGAAAAUAUUUUGAAUCCAAACUUCCAGAAAUCUUUAGAGACGUUCACGACUCCUAUGAUAAUAUAGAUGGCAGGCUGAAAGCUGAACAGUUCAAGCAAAAAGUGAUGGCAUGUUUCCGUGCAUGGGAGGACUGGGCCGUAUAUCCGAAUGACUUCCUGAUCAAACUACAGAAUAUAUUCCUAGGUUUGGUUCCACUGGACAAGGAUGACAUGGCGGAGUCAAAGGAGGAGGAAUUAGAUGGUGCACCUCUUCCAGACUUGGAUGGGGCUCCUAUUGACCUAGAUGGCGCCCCUCUCCCAGAGGCACGAGGAGACUAUGAAGGUGUUCCAUACAGUGACGACCUGGAUGGAAUGCCUUUGGAUAAGUCUGGAGAAGACAUUGAUGGCAGGCCGUUGGACUUUGAGCAGGCUCCCUCACCUCCUAAGUUUGUCAAGUCAAAGUGGGAAGAAGUGGACGAGGAAGAAGUCAGAGCACAAGCUGUGACGACCUCCAAAUGGGACAUGUUUGAUCCUGUAGAUGAAGAAGACCAGGAGAAGCAGGGAGAAGAGGAAGACAUAGAUGGAAAGCCAUUAGAAGAAGAUGACAAGUCCAAUGAUGAUAGUGAUGAUGACAUGUCAACAGGGGGAGACACUGUACAAGAUGCUCCCAAAUUGGAAAUGACAGAGGAGAGAAGAGCAAAGCUCAGAGAAAUUGAGUUAAAGGUUAUGAAGUACCAGGAUGAGCUGGAGUCGGGAAGAAGAAGCAGGAAACCCAACAUGGACAUACAAUCACAGAUACAGCACUAUAGGAACAAAUUAUUAACUAAGGAGAGAGAAAAGGAGGAAGACAGACUACGAGAUAUGGAGCGAGAAAAACGGAGAGAGGAGGAACGCCUUAGAGUGAAAGAAUGGGAAAGAGCGAGAGAAAGAGAGAAGGAACGAAUGAAGGAAAAAGAAAAGAGGUCUCGUUCAUCUUCCAGUGAAAGUGAAGGCUCAUAUUCCAGGGACAAGAAGAGAGGCCGUAGUCGCAGUGUGUCUCCCCCAGCAGCUUACAGAGACCUGUCUAAGAGGUCAUACUCAAGGUCACCUAAUAGGAAAGUAAAGAGACCUGGCUCUCCACCUAAAAGACAUAGGUCAAGGUCGCGAUCUCCAAGUGGCAGCAGCAGUAGCAAUAAGAAGAAAAUGAGGUCAAGGUCAGGCUCAAGGUCACCUAGUCGUUCCAAACAUAAACACAAGAAAAGCAAGAGAUGAGAUGUCACACAGGAACAUUAGUGAUUGAGUGUAAUCUUAGGAGAUAGAUUUGAUACUAGUUCCACAUUGCCAGUUACUUGGCUGUCUGAUAUCUGUAUAUUUUGUAUAAAAUGCAUCUGUUACUAUGUGAAUAUAUGUACACUGGGAAAUGUACAGAGUGAUGAUGGUUAAUACAGAGAGCAGGUGGAUCUUAGACCUCUGAAGCUGUGGAAAAAGCCCUGUGGAGAGCAGUUAGAUGCUCUAUAUCUCCAAUCUGCUACUGGAG